AUGAGUUUCAAAGAAAACCAGUACCAGGCGUGGUGUGAAGAAAAUGACGGUAAUAUCACUCCUGAACGAAUACUCGCCAUUUUUGAAGCUUUGGGUCAAAAGUUUGGAUUUCAAGACGAUAACGUACUCAAUGUAUACGAUUUGUUCAUGACACAAUUGGACUCACGGUCAAGCAGGAUGUGCGGAACAUCUGCAUUGCAGUCACUACACAUAGAUUACAUUGGUGGAUUGAAUGCAAAUUUCAAGACUUGGUAUAUGACAACCCAAUACUUUUUUGAUCAAGACACGCAAGCUGAAUGGACAAAGUCAAACAAGAAUAAGGAGAGGGAGAAGAAGAAGAAGAAUAAGACUAAGAUUAAAAAUACAGAGAAGAAGGGGGCAAUGAAAAGCAACGACAAUGUGUGGUUGUUAAAGUUUUGUAAUUGUACAGAAGAGGAUCUUGUUUACCAAAUUGCAUUGUAUUUGUUAAUAUGGGGUGAAGCUAAUAAUAUAAGGUUUAUGCCCGAAUGUAUCUGCUUUAUUUACCAAUGUGCCCUAGACUACCAAGGACCUGUUUUUGAAAAGGGCCAUUUUCUUGAUAAAAUAAUCACCCCUAUAUACAACUAUUUACGCGAUCAACAAUAUCAUUUGGUUAUUGGUGGUGGUGCAGCUGGCAGUGGUGGUGGUGUUUGGUGCAGAAAAGAAAUCGACCACUCAAACACCAUUGGCUACGACGACGUAAAUCAGCAUUUUUGGAGCCCUCAGGGAUUACUCAAGUUGAAACUCUACAACACAACAAGGCUAUACGAUACAAAAAAAGAGUUGCGCUAUAGUGAAUUACCCAAUAUCAAUUGGAAAAAAUCAUUAUCAAAAACUUAUAAGGAACGACGCACCUGGAUCCAUGUCUUGACCAAUUUCAACCGUAUUUGGAUUGUACAUGUUUCUGUGUUUUGGUUUUUCAUGUCUUUUAACUCACCAUCACUAUACACUCCUAAUUUCACUAUUGACAAAGCACCGUUUUUGCACAUUAGAUUAGCCAUUGUAUCUGCUGGUGGCGGUAUUGCCGCGUUGAUUUCUCUUUUCGCAGCCAUCUCGGAGUAUUUGUUCAUCAAGUCCAAAAACUGGAAAAGAAUCAUUGUUUGUAUUGCGUUAUUGGUGAUUAAUGCCUUACCAAUAGUUUACAACCUAGUGUUUUUGAAAUGGGACGAAUACUCGCAUAAUGGCGAUGUUUUCGCUGGAGUCAUGUUCACCAUCUCCAUCUUGACAUUUGCCUACCUUGCAGUGGUGCCACCUGGUAGCUUUGAUUCAGUCUUUGCGCUGUCGUUCCCAACUUUGAAAUUAAGAAGUCGACUAUUCUCAAUCUUUUUGUGGAUAACCGUUUUUGCAGCAAAAUACUCAGAAUCAUACUUUUUUUUGAUCUUAUCGUUAAAGGAUCCAAUCCAAAUUUUGUCUACCAUCAAAGUCAGUUGCAAUGACAAACACUUUUUAUGCCCAUUACAACCAAAGAUUACCUUGUUGUUGUUUUACCUAACCGACUUGAUUUUGUUCUUUUUGGAUACUUACCUUUGGUAUGUCCUUUGCAAUUGCAUUUUUUCAGUUGCCUUGUCGUUUUCGCUAGGUGUUUCGAUAUUUACGCCAUGGAGAAACAUUUUUGCAAGAUUACCCGAUAGAAUCUUGACCAAGAUAUACCACGGAGAACCAAUGAAUUUGGUUUUGGUUAUGGCUCAAAUUUGGAAUAGUAUCAUUAUUUCAAUGUUCCGUGAACAUAUGCUCUCAGUCGAGCAAGUUGGCAAACUAAUAUAUCAAAAAGAGUACAAUAGCGAAGCCAUUAAACCUCCAAUGUUUUUUGUUAAUGAGGAUGACAAUACAUUUAAAUUGCACACGUUCAUCAAGAUAGACGAAGAGUGGGAAAGAAGGAUUACUUUUUUUGCCCAGUCAUUAUCCAGCCCUCUUCCAGAACCUUUUCCUGUUGUUGCCAUCCCAUCAUUCACAGUAUUGGUUCCUCAUUACUCGGAAAAGAUUUUAAUUUCACUCAAGGAUUUGAUUAAAGAACAAAAUUAUUCCAAAUUAUCACUUUUGGAAUACCUUAAGCAACUACAUGCCAAAGAAUGGGAAUCAUUUGUUCAAGAUAGUAAAAUGGUGCACAAAUUGGACUCUUUGCAAGAUAUGGGAAAAUUUCCCGAAACUUCAGAACUUUCGGAAACGUAUGAAGACUUGCCUUAUUAUUGCAUUGGCUUUAAAGACUCUAGUAUGGAGAACAUCUUGAGAACUCGAAUAUGGGCCGCAUUGAGAUGUCAAACUUUGUACCGCACUGUGUCGGGCUUCAUGAACUACGAAGCAGCAUUGAAGAUUUUAUAUCGAAGCGAAAAUGUUGGGUUUGACAUAAAUAGUGACUUGUUCAUUGAAGAAGAGUUGCAAGAUUUUGUCGAUCGGAAAUUUCAUUUGCUAGUUGCAAUGCAAAAUUUCCAAAACUUUACACCUGAAGUUGCAGAAGAUGCCGAUGCAUUAUUCAGGGCAUACCCAAAGAUACACGUAGCAACUUUAGAAGUGGAAAACGAUACUUACUAUUCAACAUUGUUGGAUGUAUCUCAUAGAGAUCUCAACGGCGAAUACAUUAAAAAGUACAGGAUUAAAUUGUCAGGUAACCCAAUCUUGGGUGACGGUAAGCUGGAUAACCAAAACAAUGCUCUCAUUUUUUACCGAGGAGAAUACAUUCAAGUAAUAGAUGCAAAUCAAGAUAACUAUAUUGAAGAAUGCCUCAAAGUCAAAUCCUUGCUUGCCGAAUUUGAAGAGAUGGACAUUGACAUUUCCCAUAUGUAUCCAUAUAUUCCUUGCGGUAAUGAUGGAGUUGUUGAUGGUUUCGAAGGUACAACUAACGCUUAUAGCGUAGUUGUCCCUACCAAAAAUGAAUCAACAAGAAUUGAAAAAACACAACCAGCACCAGCACCAGCACCAGCACCAACACCAACACCAGCACCAGCACCAGCACCAGCACCAACACCACCAGUGGCAAUUGUUGGAGCAAGGGAAUUCAUCUUUUCUCAAAAUGUUGGCAUACUAGGCGAUAUUGCAGCUGGGAAAGAACAGACAUUUGGAACUUUGUUUGCUCGAACCAUGGCUGAGAUUGGAUCUAAACUACACUAUGGCCAUCCUGAUUUUUUAAAUGGUAUAUUUAUGACCACUAGAGGGGGCAUAUCCAAGGCGCAAAAGGGGUUACACUUGAACGAGGAUAUCUAUGCAGGUAUUACUGCAACUUGUCGAGGUGGCCGAAUCAAGCAUUGUGAUUAUUACCAAUGCGGUAAAGGACGAGAUUUGGGGUUUCAAUCAAUUGUAAAUUUUACAAGAAAGAUUGGUACUGGUAUGGGAGAGCAGCUACUCUCUAGAGAGUAUUUUUACUUGGGAUCCAAGUUACCCAUCGAUAGGUUUCUUUCAUUUUAUUACGCCCACCCUGGAUUCCACAUAAAUAACCUUUCCAUUAUGUUAUCAGUCAAGAUAUUUAUGCUCUUAAUAGCCAAUUUAGGUGCAUUGAAUUACAUCAAUAUUCAAUAUUGCGAACAAAUAACAAAGUCACCAACAGACAACAUAGAGUGUCACGAUUUGGCUUCUGUUCUUAAUUGGAUAGACAGGUUUGUUCUUUCCGUCUUUGUAUGCUUUUUCAUCUCCUUUUUGCCAUUGAUUAUUCAAGAGUUGAUUGAAAAGGGCAUUAUCAAGGCCAUUUAUAGGACCAUGUUACAUAUUGUUUCAUUAUCACCGUUCUUUGAAGUGUUCAUUUGUCAAGUAUACUCCAAAGCACUACGUGAUAAUUUGGUAUAUGGAGAGGCCAAGUAUAUUGCCACUGGAAGAGGCUUUGCUAUUUCGAGGGUAUCAUUUGCUCAGUUGUAUACGCGAUAUGCGAAUUUAUCAAUCUAUUAUGGUGGCGAAAUUUUGUUGGUGGUGAUAUUUGGAAUGAUGUCUAUCAAAAGGGAGGCAAUUCUCUGGUUUGUUAUAACAAUUGUGUCCCUUUGUUUGGCUCCGUUCUUGUUUAAUCCCCAUCAGUUCAAUUUCAUUGAUUUCUUCGUUGAUUACCGAGACUUUAUAAGAUGGUUAUCAAGAGGGAACUCCAAGGCAAAAAGGCUGUCGUGGAUAAAUUUUACAAAGUCUAGUCGUUUACGUCUUACCGGGGAAAAAUAUGACGGUUAUAAUCAAGGAAGAACAUCAACAGCGUUAAACUUGUUGUUUGGCGAGGUUUUUGCACCGUCAGUUGCGUUGGCAUUUUACCUCAUUCCAUUUUUGUACCUUCAUGCAGACCAGAGCUUAGUAACAUUGGAACUAGCUAAUCCCUUGUUUAAAUUAGCCAUUGUGAUUAUUAUUCCAUACCUCGUGAAUACUGCAGUUUUGGCAAUGAUAUGGGUCAUGUCGUUAACGAUUGCUCCAGUAAUUGGUAUUUGUGUUCAAAAAACACCUGCUUUUUUUGCAGCUACAGCUCAUUUCUUGUCGAUUUUAUUCAAUAUUUUGAAUAUUGAAUUGCUAUUUUUCAUGGAAAAUUGGAGCUUUGUUCAUUUGAUUUCAGGGUUAUUGGUUAUCUUCCAAUUCCAUAGAGUGAUUACAAGUUUCAUACUAGUUAUAUUUGUGUCGAGGGAAAGACUGGAGGAUGUGACCAAUAAUGCAUGGUGGUCUGGCAAAUGGUACAAGAGUGGGUUAGGUUUCGGUGUAAUUACUCAAAAUGCACGAGAGUUGAUUAUCAAAAACUUGGAAUUAAAUAAGUUUACUUUUGAUUUCUUGCUUGGCCAUUUUUUGCUAUUUGCAUUGUUUCCAGUAUUGUUGGUACCAUAUAUUGACACAUUGCAUACAAGCAUGUUGUUUUGGUUGAAACCAAGCCGUCAAUUGACAAGACCAAUACUUAAUCGCUCUCAAACGAGGAGAAGGAAUUGGAGAGUAGCAAAGUAUUUUGCCUUGUUUAUUAUUGUUUUAGCAAUUUGUGUUUCAAUAUUGGUUGUACCACCAAUAUUUCGUCACCAAUUGUCACAGUUACAAAAGCAACUAUUUGGAAGUAUCGACAUUUGA